ACGUUUGUAAAUCUUGCAUUAUAUUUUCACGCCGAACCUCAUUUUUACUCUAUAUUCAUUGAUGUGAGAUUGCAUCAUCUUUUGUUCAAUUUAGAGUUUUCGGGUGAAAUUAUUAUUUAGAGUAUUUUUAUGGUUUGCAUAAAUUUCCAUGUCUCAAUUUAAACAUUUUGCCGUUUAUUUCACAAAAAUCCUUUCAGUAAUAAGAAAGUUACAUUUCUGUUUUAUGAACCAGAUAUAUGUAUUAUGUCUGUAUUUGAAGGACGGGCCUUUAUUUCACAUAACUAUUUUUCCCGCCGUCCCAGCUUUAUUUCGUGCAAAUCGAUUUUUCAUGUUUUGCACGAUUUGUUUUCCCGCUCAGUACUCAGUAGUUUGCUAUAUAUGGACUAAAUUUUAAGUGACAUAUUGCAAUGCACUGGACGUUAUACAGGUCACUAUGACGGUGACAGACAAAUUAUAUUUGUCAUAAAAUUACAGCUUGUACAAGCUUCUUAUUUGAGGACACCCCGAAGAUGACACGGGCCCUCCACACGUAUGUCCAUGGCUAAAGGGUGACGCAUGCCCUUGUUCAGGAUCCUAUCAACUGUGCCAACACUGUAGGAAGUACAGUUACGCUUGAUAAGAUUUUAUACAAGACGCCCGCCAUUGUGACGAAUUUUGUUUAACAACGCCACCACUUUAUUGAUACAUAAUGACAGAGACUUUACGGGAGAAAUAGACUGAGAUACGUUGAUAGUGUUUGUUGUGCAGUGACUUAUCAUAGUAGUUUAUCAUAUACAAUCAUUUUUCAUUUAUAAAUAUUCAUUUUUGUAAAUAAAUUUGUAUAUAUUUUUCCGUACUGAGUUGUUGGUGGUUUUAGAUAGCAAUUGUGGUCGGCCUGGUAUCCCAGCGUAGUCCCUAUUGUGACAUUUGGUGACCUCGACGUGAUUGGAUACCGGUUGACUAUAGUUGUUAUUUGAAACAAACCACACUCACUUUACUGCAGCUAGGUUAUAUAGCUAACACUAGAAACUUUGGUUUUUAUUUUAAGUAAAAGUUUUAUUUACAAUUAAAAGUUAAAUUUAGUUUACUUAAAGGUAGUUAAAUUGUGUAUCACUUUUAAUUUUUUUUUAUAUUUAGUGUGAUUAUAAUUUCUUAUCAUUUUCAGAUUGAUACCGUGACAAAUGAAACGGACUUGUGUGUGUGACAGCUAUCUAGCUGAGAGGUUAUAACAGCCACACAGACCCGACAGUGGACGUUUAGGGUGAGUUCGUUCCAUUUUCCUCCUUUUAGGUGUCACUUUAUGAUGAGACCACCAGUUUUGUAAUCUGAAAGUGACCUUUCGGUAAAACACCGGAAGUACACAUAUAUACACACAUACACUCUGCAAUGUAAGGUACUACCCGCCUUGUGUACUUUUUCUAGAUAAGAAACUGUGUCUGUUAUCUAGGUGAACAUUUAAUUUAUUGUGUCAUUUACAAUUUUACUUUGUGUUUACUUUGUGUCUGUAGUAUAUUGAAACUGGCCAUAUACCUUAUAUUUUUGCACUGUGGGGUAAAAGUGCAACGCGACAUUGAGUUUUGGGUCGUAGUUUGGACUUUGAAGUUUAAAGUAUUUUGAACAGUUUAAUUAUUGCCUACUGUCUACUGUACACUUAAGAUUAUUAUUAUACAACCUUAGUGAGAUACUUAGAUGAGUUUGAAACUUAGUGUUUGUAGUGGUGAGGUAUAGUGUUUAGAAUAUAUGAUACAUUGUUUAUUUUAGUACUGUGUACAGUGAAGGUACAUUUUGAUUAUAGCGCUAGAGUGAUAAAUGCGUUUAAUUAUAUGGUGUUACACUGAAGUGUAGUGUUAUAGUGCACCGUGAUUGCACUUAGUGAAUAUAGCGUUUUGUGUUUAAGGGUUGUAGUGUUACCCUUUAAUGAUACUUUGAUAUCAUUGUUCUACCUCACAUUUAGAUUUUACUUGUAUCCUAAGUUGUUGUUGUUGUAGUGUUACAGUGUAGGAAAUAUACAUAAUAAGUUCAAGAUGACUAGUGUAAAUGAGUUGAUGAAGGUAGGUCAAGAGUUAGGGUAUACAGAUGAGGCUUUGAGAAACUUUGUUAAAGAGGAGCAAGCAAGGGAGCGUGAAGAAAGACAUAGUAGGUUAGAAGCUGAGAAGGAACGUUUUGAAGCUGAGAAGGAACGUUUUGAAGCUGAGAAGGAACGUUUAGAAGCUGAGAAGGAUAGGUUAGAAUUAGAAGCUAGAUUAGCAAAAGAGAAGUUAAGUAAUGAGAAAGAGAAGUUAGAUUAUGAGUUUAAGAUUUCUAGGGAGAAGUUAGAUUAUGCUCGUCAGUUAGAAAGAGAGAAGGAGGAAGCCGAAACUAGGAAGUUAGAAAUAGUGAUAGAAAUGGAAAAAGAGAAGUUAAGUAAUGAGGCUAGGGUUGCAAAGGAGAAGUUAGAAAUAGCUCGUCAGUUAGAAAGAGAGAAGGAGGAAGCAGAAGCUAGGAAGUUAGAUACAGAAUAUAAGAUGAAGAUAGAGUUAGAUAUGUUAGGUAAGAAGAGUGUAGGUAAGGUUAAGGUUAAGAUGACUCCAUUUGACGAAAAGAUUGAUUCUAUGGAUGCGUAUUUGAAUGUUUAUGAAACUUAUGCGUCUGCUCAUAAUUGGGAACAUGAAAUGUGGUCACUAAACUUACCGUUUCUGUUAAAAGGUACUGCUAGGGAGGUAUUUGAUAGACUUCCAUUAGAAGAUAGGACGGAUUAUGAUAAGCUGAAAGAUGCUUUGUUAAGGCAGUUUGAGUUGACUGAUGAUGGUUAUAAGAAGAAGUUUAGGACUGAAAGGCCCCGUGAAAAUGAGACUUUUGUUAUGUUCCUAGCUAGAAUUUCUAGAUACUUAGAUGGUUGGCUAAGAUUGAGUAAGGUGGAGAAGACUUAUGAAAAGUUGUUAGACUUCAUAGUAAGGGAUCAAUUUUUAGAUAUCUGCAAUAGAGAACUAUAUCAGAACCUUAGUAGUAAGAAGUUGUUUUCAGCCCGUGAAGUAGCGGAAGAUGCAGAUUUGUUUGCCAAGACUAGAGGAGGUCCGAAGUAUGUAGUGAAUCAUGGAAUUAAAGAAAGAGCUAAGCCUUAUGCACUGCCGAGUAGACCUGUAGAUAGAAAUCAAAGUAGUAGUUAUCGUAUGCAAAGAGGUAACGAUAGACUGGUAAAUAGAGGUAGAGCAUCUCAGCAGUAUGAAGGUUAUAAAUGCACAUCUUGUGGUCGUUUAGGGCAUACAGCAUUUUUCUGUAGAAAUAAGGCUACAAAUAAAGCUAACGCAGCGGAAAACAUAGAACCGAACUCAAUGAAUCCAAGUAAGAAUGAUAGUUAUCAGGGUAAUAGAAGGCGAGGAGGUUAUAGAGGUAGGAGUAGAGGUAGAGGAAGAAAUAGAGAUGCAGAUUCGAAAAUUUCGAUGCCGAGAUCGGAUAGUGGUAGUAGUUUGAUAGAACUUGGGGAUUUUGAAGACGUGGGCACAGUUACUAUAAAUUCAUGUCCGACAACUAGAGGUAUAUGUAAUGGUAAAUCUAUAGUUGCAAUGAGAGAUACUGGGUGUACAUGUGUCAUAGUACGAAGGAAUUUGGUAAAUGCAAAUCAAUUGUUAGGGAAGUCCAGACGAUGUAAGUACAUUGAUGGUAGUGAGCACAGAUUAGACAUGGCGUUAAUUGAUCUUGAUUGUCCGUAUUACAGGGGUACUGUAGAAGCACUAUGUGUAGAUAAUCCUACAAAUGAUGUAAUUAUCGGUAACAUAGAGGGUGCUGUAGAACCAAAUUUUGGUAAGUUAGCUUCAGCAGUAGAAACAAGAUCGCAGAGUAAAGUUAAAGCUCAUAGAAGACUUAAAGUUCCUUCACAGAUUUUAGACAUCACUAAUGUAGAGUUUGUAGAGAAGCAGCAGGCAGAUAGUACAUUAGAUGGAUGUAGAAAGUACAUAAAGGUUCAGAGACAUAUAAAAGAUGUUCAGGUCAAUCCUGACUUACAAACAGAUUGUAAGACUCAGAUUGCAACCUUGUUAAAGAAAUUUUCAGAUGUUUUAACAGAUAUACCCGGAAAUACGUCAUUAGUUCAGCAUGACAUUAAGUUGACUACGUCAGAACCGGUAAGGACUAAGGGUUAUCCUAUUCCUUUUCACUCACAGCAGAUAGUAAAGGAAGAAGUUGAUAAAAUGCUAGAGUUGGGAGUUAUCGAACCUUCUAAUGCUCCGUUUUCUAGUCCAAUUGUCCUUAUCAGGAAAAAGGAUAACACGAUUAGGUUCUGUAUUGAUUUUAGACAGAUCAAUAAAUGCACGGUAUUUGAUGCGGAACCGAUGCCCAAUAUGGAACAGAUAUUUUCGAAAUUAUCAAAAUACAGGUAUUUUUCGAAAAUUGACCUUAGUAAAGGAUACUGGCAAGUUCCUUUGUCUGACAAUGCAAAACCUUUGACCGCAUUUGAAACCCCGUCGGGACUUUUUCAAUUCCGGAAAAUGCCCUUUGGUUUAGUCAAUGCCCCUGCAACAUUCUGUAGACUGAUGAGAAAGGUUUUGAAAGAUCUAGAUCACUCAGAUAGUUUUAUAGAUGAUAUUUUGGUCUAUACAGUCACAUUGCCAGAACAUAUCAAUGCAUUGUUUGAGUUAUUUACCCAAUUAAGAGAGUCUAGGCUUACUGCUAGACCGUCCAAGUGUUUCAUAUGUUUUGAAAAAUUGGAAUGUUUAGGUCAUAUGAUAGGAGGUAGUAAGUCCAUUGAACCUGUUCUCAGUAAGGUCAAGGCAAUUCAGGAGACCGAGAGACCCACGACUAAGCGAGGAGUCCGGCAAUUUUUAGGGGUUGUGUCUUGGUACCGGAAGUUCAUCCCUAACUUUGCCGCCAUUGCUGUUCCGUUGACCGAUUUGACAAAAAAGUUUCAACCAAAUCGUAUUGAAUGGGGUGAAAGUCAGGAAAAGGCUUUUCAGACUCUUAAGGCUAGUUUGACCGGUCCGCCCAUUUUAAAAUUACCAGAUUUAGACAAGAUAUUUAUUCUCAGAGUUGAUGCUUCUGAUUGUGGAUUAGGAUCUGUAUUACUUCAAGAACAAGGUGAGGAGAAAUUUCCAGUAGCUUAUGCCAGUAGAAAGAUGUUACCAAGAGAACAGAAGUAUUCUGUAAUAGAGAAGGAGUGCCUUGGUAUUGUUUGGGCAAUUUCUAAAUUUCACAGAUACUUGUUUGGUAAGGAAUUUAUUCUAGAAACAGAUCACCAGCCGCUUUUGUACAAGGCAAAGUUAAGUAACUCUAGAAUAAUGAGAUGGUCUUUGCUUUUGCAGCCAUACAGGAUGAAGAUUAGAGCAAUCCCAGGUAAAGAAAACAUAGGUGCAGAUUAUUUAAGCAGGUUAUAA